UACAACAAAAGAUCAGAAUAUGCAUCAUAAAUGGCCUAUGAUACAAUAUAGACAGUUGACAAUUCAAAACAGGUAGCUAUUUAAUCAACUUACCUCAGAAGUUACUCGAGAGUCAGCAAUGGAAGUAAAUGAUGUCCGACGCCAUAGAAUGGCUUUUUGGAACUAUGCGAGGCUGCAUACCCCGGAAGUGGGCGGCAAACAGCGUACAACGCAGUCCAAUGGGAGUGUCGCGACUCUUUUUAGCUCUAUGGCUCUGGGUAGAUCGACGGAUUCCUAAGACACUGACACAUAAACAUCAACCAGAACCAGAACCCAGCUGUGUGUCCUUUAAGAGCGACUGGUCAAAGGAUGCUGGCAUUGACUUCAAAUCUCCAGGACCUUCAUCCUCAGAGAGGAUUCCUAAGACACUGACACAUAAACAUCAACCAGAACCAGAACCCAGCUGUGUGUCCUUUAAGAGUGACUGGUCAAAGGGUGCCUACAUUGACUUUAGAUCUUCUGGACCUUCAUCCUCAGAGAGAGUGGACCAGCAGAACUCAGAGGUUCCCAGAGGUCCAUCUGCCCGGCAGCAUCAAACCCAGCUGGACUCCAUAUUUAUGCUGCUGGAGGACAACAUUGUCACUUUUGUGAAGAAGGAGCUGAAGAAGAUCCAGAAGGUUCUGAGUCCAGAUGACCCAGACUGCUCAGAGAGUCAGAGAGAUGAUGAGGAGGUGUUGGAAGGUGAGGACGAAGAGCAGAGGAGGAGCAGCAGAGAGGCACUGAUGAAGAUCACUGUGAACUUCCUGAGGAGGAUGAAGCAGGAGGAGCUGGCUGACCGUCUGCAGAGCAAACAACUUCCUGCAGUUCAACAUAAACUUAAAUCUGGUCUGAAGGAGAAGUUCCAGUGUGUGUUUGAGGGGAUCGCUAAAGCAGGAAGUCCAACCCUUCUGAACCAGAUCUACACAGAGCUCUACAUCACAGAGGGAGGGACUGGAGAGGUCAAUGAGGAACAUGAGGUCAAACAGAUUGAAACAGCAUCCAUGAAACCACACAGAGCAGAAACAACCAUCAGACAAGAAGACAUCUUUAAAGUCCCACCUGGAAGAGAUCAACCAAUCAGAACAGUGAUGACAAAGGGAGUGGCUGGCAUUGGGAAAACAGUCUUAACCCAGAAGUUCACUCUGGACUGGGCUGAAGACAAAGCCCACCAGAACAUCCACUUCAUAUUUCCAUUCACCUUCAGAGAGCUGAAUGUGCUGAAAGAGAAAAAGUUCAGCUUGGUGGACCUUGUUCAUCACUUCUUUACUGAAACCAAAGGAAUCUGCAGCUUUGAACACUUCCAGGUUCUGUUCAUCUUUGAUGGUCUGGAUGAGAGUCGACUUCCUCUGGACUUCCAGAACCAGGAGAUCCUGACUGAUGCUACAGAGUCCACCUCAGUGGAUGUUCUGCUGACAAACCUUAUCAGAGGGAAACUGCUUCCCUCUGCUCGCCUCUGGAUAACCACACGACCUGCAGCAGCCAAUCAGAUCCCUCCGGAGUGUGUUGCCAUGGUGACAGAUGUCAGAGGGUUCACUGACCCACAGAAGGAGGAGUACUUCAGGAAGAGAUUCAGAGAUAAAGAGCAGGCCAGGAGGAUCAUCUCCCACAUGAAGACAUCAAGAAGCCUCCACAUCAUGUGCCACAUCCCAGUCUUCUGCUGGAUCACUGCUACGGUUCUGGAGGACGUGUUGAAGACCAGAGAGGGAGGAGAGCUGCCCAGCACCCUGACUGAGAUGUACAUCCACUUCCUGGUGGUUCAGACCAAAGUGAAGAAGGUCAAGUAUGAUGGAGGAGCUGAAACAGAUCCACACUGGAGUCCAGAGAGCAGGAAGAUGAUUGAGUCUCUGGGAAAACUGGCUUUUGAUCAGCUGCAGAAAGGAAACCUGAUCUUCUAUGAAUCAGACCUGACAGAUUGUGGCAUCGAUAUCAGAGCAGCCUCAGUGUACUCAGGAGUGUUCACACAGAUCUUUAAAGAGGAGAGAGGGCUGUACCAGGAUAAGGUGUUCUGCUUCGUCCAUCUGAGUGUUCAGGAGUUUCUGGCUGCUCUUCAUGUUCAUCUGACCUUCAUCAACUCUGGUGUCAACCUGAUGGAAGAAAAAGACACAUCUAAGAGGUCUUUAUUGUCUAAGAAGUCUAAUCUAAAGUUUCUUCACCAGACAGCUGUUGACCACGCCUUACAGAGUCCAAAUGGACACCUGGACUUGUUCCUCCGGUUCCUCCUGGGACUUUCAUUGCAGACCAAUCAGAGACUCUUACAAGGUCUGCUGACACAGACAGGAAGUAGCUCACAGACCAAUCACGAAACAGUUCAGUACAUCAAGGAGAAUAUCAUUGAGAAUGUAUCUGCAGAGAAAAGCAUCAAUCUGUUCCACUGUCUGAAUGAACUGAAGGAUCGUUCUCUGGUGGAGGAGAUCCAACAGUCUCUGAGUUCAGGACGUCUCUCCACAGAUAAACUGUCUCCUGCUCAGUGGUCAGCUCUGGGUUUCAUCUUACUGUCAUCAGCAGAAGAUCUGGAUGUGUUUGACCUGAAGAAAUACUCUGCUUCAGAGGAGGUUCUUCUGAGGCUGCUGCCAGUGGUUAAAGUUUCCAACAAAGCUUUACUGAGUGGCUGUAAUCUCUCAGAGAGAAGCUGUGAAGCUCUGUCCUCAGUUCUCAGCUCCCAGUCCUCCAGUCUCAGAGAACUGGACCUGAGUAACAACAACCUGCAGGAUUCAGGAGUGAAGCUUCUCUCUGCUGGACUGGAGAGUCCAAACUGCAGACUGGAAACUCUCAGACUGAGUGACUGUAAUCUGUCAGAGAAAAGCUGUAAAGCUCUGUCCUCAGUUCUCAGCUCCCAGUCCUCCAGUCUCAGAGAACUGGACCUGAGUAACAACAACCUGCAGGAUUCAGGAGUGAAGAUUCUCUCUGCUGGACUGAAGAGUCCAAACUGCAGACUGGAAACUCUCAGACUGAGUGGCUGUAACCUCUCAGAGAGAAGCUGUGAAGCUCUGUCCUCAGUUCUCAGCUUCCAGUCCUCCAGUCUCAGAGAACUGGACCUGAGUAACAACAACCUGCAGGAUUCAGGAGUGAAGCUUCUCUCUGCUGGACUGGAGAGUCCAAACUGCAGACUGGAAACUCUCAGCUUGUCAGGCUGUCUGGUCUCAGAGGAAGGCUGUGCUUCUCUGGUAUCAGCUCUGACCUCCAACCCCUCCCAUCUGAAAGAGUUGGACCUGAGCUACAAUCAUCCAGGAGACUCAGGAGUUAAGCUGCUGUCGGCUGGACUGAAGGAUCCACGAUGGAGACUGGAAGCUCUCAGGGUGGAGCCUGCUGGAGUCCGAUGGUUGACACCAGGUCUGAGGAAGUAUUCCUGUCAACCCACAACUGACACAAACACAGUGAGCAGAAAACUCAAACUGUCUGACGACAACAGGAAGGUGACACGUGUGAUGGAGCUUCAGUCAUAUCCUGAUCAUCCAGACAGAUUUGAUCAGCCUCAGCUGCUGUGUAGAACUGAUCUGACUGGUCGCUGUUACUGGGAGGUCGAGUGGACAGGAGUUGUUGAGAUAUCUGUGAGUUACAGAAGAAUCAAGAGGAGAGGAGACAUUAGAGACUGUUGGUUUGGAGCAAAUGAUCAAUCCUGGAGUCUGAACUGCUCUGAUGGUGUUGCUUACUCUGUCUUUCACAAUAACAUUAAAACAUUUAUCUCCUCCUCCUCCGUCUCCAACAGAGCAGCAGUGUAUGUGGACUGUCCUGCUGGUAUUCUGUCCUUCUACAGAGUCUCCUCUGACUCACUGAUCCACCUCCACACCUUCAACACCACAUUCACUGAACCUCUGCAUCCUGGCUUUGGGGUCUGGUUCGGUUCUGUCUUUGUACUGAAUUGAGUCUAAAGAGUCUCCUCCUGUCAGAGAAAGCCUCUCCCUGUUGAACAGAUAGUUUAGUCUGUUCAUGUCUGUCUCUUUCACUCAGAAACACGUUUUCUCAUUCAUGGAUUCAAAUGUACAUCAACAUAUACAUUUAUUAUAUACUAGUGUGUCUGAAAUAAAUACCUACUUUUCAAUAUUAUUAUUAUUAUUAUUAUUAUUAUUGUUAUUAUUAUUAGUAUUAAUAAUCAUGAGUCAGAUUUCAUUGAAAUGUUGGGCAGUUUUUCUCAAUCUCUGGACAUGAUAUGUUUCUGUCAGCUCUAAUUUUUUAUGAACGCUUUUUAGAUUCAAAUGUUAAAUCUUCCUUUGGUAUAAUUGCUGCAAUUCUAUUUCAUGUGUUUGAAUGUGUUGUAAACAGAUUUUCCUCUUCUGUAUUUGAUUAAUCCCCACCUAUCUGAGUUGCUGUACUCCCAUACACCUGCCCACUCUCUUAGGUCUGUAAACCAGCAUCUCCUUAUUGUUCCUAAAUUCAAGUGGAAACUAAGAGAAAGUCACUGUAGUGACUCAAAAGUUGUGCCACUACAUGUCAUGCAGGCCGCCUCUCUUUCAGACUUUAAAACUAUUCUUAAACCACACAUAUUUGCAGAAGCCUUUUGCACGUCAUGAGAUGUUGACUAUUUUCAAUCAUAUUUAACUGUUUUUAAUUAACUUUAACUAUAUCUUAUUUGUCUAUUUUACAGGGUUUCCAUGCAGUAGUAAAAUGUAGUAGAUUAAAUAACCUCAAACUAAGGCCAUUAAAAUGUAAAAAGUUAACAAAUAGAACAUGACUUGCUUGUCAAUUUCCUGUUAACCCUUCAAUAUGUUCAGAUUUUUCGAAUGAUGCCGACUUUUGUUUAAAUUCGUUUAACUAUAACAUCUGCAAAAAAGAAAAAAAAAGUAUACCUAUAGCAGGAUCUGAGCCAGCGUAGACCCGAUUGAUUCCACUGUCUGAUUUACUGCGCACAGCAUGGAACCGCUUGAUAUGUUGAGAGUAGCAAGUCAUUUUGCUCCUCACCAUUGGAAAAUGUAAGAUUUCAUAACCAUGGCUUCAUUUUUUUCUCCCAGAGGUCACUCUUUUCUUUACAUGGGUUUCCAUCUAUUGGUUUAUAGUGAAUUAACCAGGCGACGCAAAGCAUUGUGUUGUCAUAUACAGAUGUUAUGCUGUAAUAAACAGGAAGUAGAAGAUGCUAACUACCACGUGCCACAGAUAAUGUAAUGGAGUAAAGUUUCAAUGAGUGUGUUGCUAUUUAAUUUUUUUGACAGUUGACACGAAGACAUGCUUGAGUCUCCUCGUUGGUCCACAUGUACCUGUUGUUUCUUCCAGUUAUGUUUUCCAAUUUCCAGCGUUAUGGGAACAAUCAGGAAGACAUUUAGGAAGCAGAAACAGCUGAUCAGUCAUGUGAGGUAAAUGUUUCCCACGUCAGAACUUAUUCGACAUAUGUUUCCUUCUCUUUAGCGCAUUUAGAGUUUUUUACUUUUUUUGAAAAAGUAAAAAUCAAGCGAGCUUAAGAAAUUAAUACAAAAUUUAGGUCAAUUUGAAUUCUGUCUUUCCAUUAACAUGUUCUAAUGUGAUAUUUCAAAAUUCAUUAAAAAGGUUCAUGAAAACAUUGCUUUUGUCUCAGUGUGAGAGGGAGUGUGUUUCUCUGUCCAGAUUUUCUUCUUCUGUUUCUGUUCUCUUAGGACUGUGUCUCUCCUUUCCUCUGCCAUCUCACUCCCCACAGCUUGCUCUCUCUCGCUUUUUGUCAACCUGAAUGUAAUAUUAAAAUGUAUCAGCUGAGAAAUAAAGUACUUGUACAGAUAAAGGUUUUACCACUUUUGUUAAAACUGCAAUGGAUUUUUCAUUUUGGGUCAUGUUCACUCUUGGGUCUGUUAUCUGUGUUGCAGGUGAUUUUGUUUUACAUUACUGGCUAGUUUUUCUCAGCUGAUUAAGUUUGAGCAUUUGCCUUAUUAUAAAUAUUCUAUAGGGAACAGUGGCUUGUGAAAUUUGAAUGUCAUUGGGUUUUGUUUAUUUUCUUUAAAAAAAAGUCUUCUUGAAAUGUGUUUGGAAUAUUUAUGUGUGAGGGCUCAGUCAAGACAAGAUCAGUUACACCUUCAAGUAAGUGGGAAAAGCUUUUGUUAUGGGUUAGAGAUGGGCUGUGGUCAGUGCUGUGAAUCCACCGCUCCCCCCAAAAUUGUGUUGGUAGUAAAAAAUAUUGUAGACGUAGUAAAAGAGGUUGUAAAUACCCUGUGAGCUUCUAAACAGCAGAUCUUCUAGAUGAUAGUGUUGGUGCUAGAACUACAUUUUAUAUUAUUUAAUAAGAAUUACCUGUGAAACGUUUUACCACAACCAGAAAACUGCUUUGUUGUUGCAGCCAAAUCCUAUGGGAUUCUGUGAGAGUAGGGGGUAGCAAGAUGGUGGCCAGUGACUUCAUUUUUCAGCAAUCCAGUGAAUAAAUAGAGAUCAGUGGUUCUGCUCCAAGGGGCCAUUAUACUGGCAGUAGUUAUUGUCUUCAGCCAUCAGGGGCGCUGUUAUCUUAUAUUCUGCUGUGGCUCAUUCAUUAGUCACUGUAAUAUGAGUCUGGUUGGAAUUUUAUUCACUUAUUGACUAUUUAGUAUCUUUGUAUGUUUGAUUUGCGAUUCUGACCGUUCUGUUCUUGUUGUUCUGUUAGAAAUCACACCAAUACCCUCAAACUGGACCUCUGCAUUCUGGUUUCAAUAAAAGGAUUUAACCCACUUAAGUCACAUUAAAGUUUGCCCAAACGUC